AGAUCUGUCGGCAGUCAUGAGUGACCAGAAGAGCCCAGAGAAGGCCGCAAAAGAAGUGGCAGAAGGAGCUGGUGGUGAGGACCUGGAGCAGCUGGCGGCGCUGAUCAGCGACUAUAACCGGGCAGUGCGCUGUGAUGACCUGGCAGGGGUGAGCGGACCACGGAACCCGAACACCAUUCGGAGGGAGGCAAGUGCUGGUGUGUGAGGUGUGUGUCCUGCAGGUGUGUCGACUCGCUGAGGAGAUCGAUAAGGUCCGUUCCUGCAUGAACCAGCGCAGCAAGGCGCUGGCCUGGGCGUCGGAGCGAGACGCGCAGCUGCUAGGAGAGUUGGCGGCUUCAAGCAGCGCCGUGCGCAAGGGACUACACCAGCAGCGCCUCAAGCGAGUAAGGAGAUGGCAGUUAGGGAGGUGUCUCUCAGUGAGUGGUGAGGGGAUGUCACAUGUUGGUGGGUGUGUCUGUGUCUCGCUGGCGGUCGCACGCAGCCUGUGCUGAGGCGCCUGCACAGGCGGCGUCGGACGAGCCCAAGGCCGACUGGGAGCAGACGUACGACGAGAUGGAGCGACACUUGAAGGAGGCCGCUGAGCGCCAGCGCAAGAGAGGUACAUGGAGGAGUCGGGAGAGAAGCGAACGGUUCGACACUGCGCACCUCGUUGGCUCUGCUGUGUGCAGGACGCGUUGCUGAGGGGCAGGCUGGGCAGUUCGCAGAUGACGAGGCAGUUGAAGACGAGGUAGGUGGGGUCUCUCGUGCCUCCUUUCCACACGCAUCUAUGCGUCUGUGUGUGCAGGAGGAGAUGCGACAGGACAUCGGCAUCCCCAGCGCAUCGCUGCCGGCCGACAUCGACGAGUCGGACGAGGCCAAAGCGGUUCGCGAUGUGCUGCCCGCCGAGCGUCUGGAGGCCUGCCCUGCCCCUGUUGUGGUGGUGGACAGAGUGGAGCACGUCAAGAACUCCAUGGUGGGGAUGUGGGAUGGGGGCACGAUGGAUGCCGUGGUGAGGGCCGUCAACGCCAAGGACUACAAAGUCGGCGGACAGUACUCCUGCGACAGCUGCGUCAUCACACGCCACGUGAGCGCGGGAGCAGGGCAGCUAGGCAGAGAAGCUAUCACUGACGCGUACACCUGUGUUGUGUAUCUGUGUAUGCGCCUGUGUAUGUCUGUGCAGGGCGGCAAGUCUCAUCACAGCGCCGAGCGGUGCCCUACGGUCAUGUACGGCUACCAGCUCCACUUCCCCUUCCCGACCAUCGACGGUGUGCUCAAGCGUGUGCUGCUGGCCAAGAGGCGGGCCAAGAACGAGGAGAAGAUCACCGCCGAGGACAUCAAGAACAUCGCCAGCCACGGCCCGCACGCCAGAGAACACAUCUUCCUCAACGCGGCCACCAAGAUGAGCGAGAUCGACAUGACCAAGGCGUUCAAGAUGAUUCCCGUCGUGCAGGUAACCAGAGAGAGACAGACACGUACAUACAGGGGGAAGGCAGGACGGGCGGGCGGGAGAGGGGCAGGGAGGCGGACGGUUUCCUGUCCAUUCGCUGAUCCUCUGUGUUGUCUGUGGCCGUUCAGGCGUCGGGACAGACGGUGCUGCGCGAUAGCGAUUCCAACAUCGUCUUCUACGACCGCAACCACAACGAGACGCAGCGCAUCUCGCUCCCCCAGCUGCGUUCGUGGAUGGAGAAGAAGAGAUUUCUGCGCGCGCGGGUGAGCUGGUCACAACACGUGUGUGUACACACAUACGCACAGACCCAUGGAUGUAUGGAUUCAUGUGGCUGCCUGUCUGCGUGUGUCUGUGUGGCUGUCUGUCUGUCUCUGCGGUCAGAUCGUUGGUGAUGCGGACAUCGUCGGGCUGCUCAGCCUGUGUCCGCCACGCUGCCAUCGCUGCGGCUGCUGGUGCAAGGGGUUCCCCGACGCCUACACCCGCAGCCAGUCGGCCAACUUCGGGCUGGCGGGGUACCAGUGCGGCAACAGUACCUCGUUCGGCGGCACGUGCUCGUCGACGCCGCAGCGACCGGAGGAGAACGUCGCGUCGCUGUGGCUAGACGAGUAUGUGGUCGCCCUGCUGGCCUACUUUAAGAUCAUCCCCUACGAAGAGUAGACAGGGGAUGGGGCGGGCGAGGGCAAGGGGGGGAAGACAAACGUGUUUUUAUGUGGGCGCAUGCAUGCGAUGUGUGUGUGUGUGUGUGUGUGAUGCGGGUGCUCUGAGCUGUGCGUAUUUGUAGUAUUCUCUCACACUCUGAGCUGUCCAUAUUUGUAGUUCUCUCACAGUCACAGCUGUCAGGUCGUCUGUGCGUCAGGGGCUGGUUUCGUGUGUGGUGGUCACCAACACAUCUGGUCACCCACUUUGUCUGUCCAUUCAGUGUCCAUCGCUGCGCAUUUGUCACUGUCUGUGCAUACAUGAGUGCGUGUGUGUGUGUUCGUGUGUAUGUGUUUGUGUUGGGAAGCAGCUGGCAAACGUGUUUUUCGUGCGAGCGCAUGCAUAUUUGUUUGUUCUGAGCUGUGCAUAUUUGUUGUUCUCACAGUCACAGUCACAGCCGUCAGGUCGUCUGUUCACCGACUCUCUGCUAUGAAUUUGUCAGUGUGUCUAUAAUGCUUCCAUGCCUUUACUCGUGUGUGCAUGUCUGUGUUGCGCGCGUGGGUACAUGCAUGCGUGCACGUGUCCGAGGUCUGAGAGCUGCGUUUCUUGUCGUUCUCAACGCCUGUCUGGUGCUCUCCGCAAUCGGCCUUUUCUUAUGUGUUCCACACAGCGGAUCCAUUCAUAUUCUUGGACGCAUCCAUUCAUUGCAUGCUUUCAUCGGACAGAGUCGUCUGACCACAUCAAUGUCACCAUUCA